GAUUCAUAUACAAGGACUAUACUGGCAUGGCGUGGAAGUGCCUUCUUGUUCUGACGCUAGCGGUCAGCGCAGGGCAACUGUAUAGGACAUAUGCACAAUCAGCAUCUACAUGCAGCGAUGCCAAAUCUUGUGGGGAGUGCAUUUCACUAGAUCCAUCCUGCGGUUGGUGUACGUUACUAAAUUAUACAGAUGAGACGGGAAGCCCACAGUGUGAUGUAGCAAGCAGUAUGAGAUCGAAAGGCUGCUCGCAGGUCGUUGACCCAGACAGUACUAAAACUACCAUUAAGGAUGCACCUUUGAGUAAUGCUGGCAGUGCCCAAGGCCAGGCAGUUCAGGUAAAGCCACAAGAAGUCAGUCUCAGACUCAGAAAAGGAAAGCCGGUGGAGUUGACACUUCAGGUCCGGCAAGCCGAGGAUUAUCCAGUGGAUCUUUACUAUGUCAUGGAUCUAUCUAAAUCUAUGGAGGACGAUCUUUCCAAGCUCAGGGACCUUGGUGAUACACUCGCAAGUGAGAUGAAAAACAUCACAAGCAAUUUCAGGCUUGGAUUUGGGUCAUUUGUUGAUAAGACUGUCAUGCCUUACGUUAGCACAGUACCUGAAAAAUUGAUAGCACCUUGCACUGGUUGCGAGGCUCCUUAUGGAUUCAAGAAUGUCCUUCCAUUGAAUGAAAAUACCGACAGUUUUUCGCAAACUGUAAUGAUGCAGCAAGCUUCGGGUAACCUAGACGCACCUGAGGGAGGCAUGGAUGCUCUUAUGCAAAUCACAGUCUGUGGGCAACAAAUAGGCUGGAGAGUUAAUGCAAGGCAUCUUGUUAUUUACACUACUGAUUCGUCUUUUCAUUAUGCUGGUGAUGGCAAGCUUGGAGGUAUCAUUACACCAAAUGAUGGACGAUGUCAUUUAGAUCCCAUCUCACAGAAUUAUACCAUGUCACAUUAUCUGGACUAUCCAUCCAUCAGUCAUCUCAAUGCCAAGAUGAGGGAGAACAGCGUGAUUCCAAUCUUCGCUGUCGUCCAGCAGGAAUUUGAGGUGUACAAUAAUCUGACGCAAUACAUUGAGGGUGCUACGGCAGGUGUUUUGGCCCAGGAUUCCAACAAUAUUGUACAGCUUGUCAAAGAUAACUACAAUAAAAUCACUUCCAAGGUAGAAGUUGUGGACGAUGCCCCUGACUCGGUGAACAUUGAAUACAUAGCUCAUUGUCCCGGAGGCCAGGUCAUACCCGGGUCACAGGUCUGCGAGGGGCUCAAACUUGGCGACACGGUCAACUUCACUUUGACCGUCACCUCAACCGGAUGUCCAGCUAACAAAAACCAACAGUUCACAGUUCGACCAAUUGGGUUCAAUGAAGAACUCAAAGUUAAUGUCCAGUUUGAGUGUGACUGUGAAUGCGAACAACGAAAGGUCCCCAAUAGUCCUACAUGCAGUGGAGGUAACGGGACCUUAGAAUGUGGAAGUUGUAUCUGUAAUACUGGUCAUUAUGGUAGAUACUGUGAAUGUAGCAGCGAUGAUCCUUCGUUAGAAGACAAUGAUGCACCAUGUAGAUCACCGAAUACUACCAUCGUUUGUUCUGGAAGAGGAUCUUGUGUGUGUGGAAACUGCAUCUGCUUUCCAAGACCAAAACCGACCGAAAUUGUGUCUGGUCCAUUCUGUGAAUGCGAUAACUUCAACUGUGACAGAUAUCAAGGGGAGCUGUGUGGAGGUGAGGAUAGAGGGCGCUGUGUGUGUGAUGAAUACCUGCGGAGAAGUCGAUGCCAGUGUAAACCGGGGUACAGCGGAGAUGCCUGCGAGUGUUCUACUCGUACAGAUACCUGUAUGACGCAAGAUACCAUAUGUAAUGGUCAAGGGGUCUGCGUUUGUGGCGAGUGUAGAUGCAAUGCUACGUCAGCCUAUAGGGGACCGCUAUGCCAAGAUUGUCCGACCUGUAGCGGCCAGUGUUCUAGAAAUGAGAAGUGUGUCCAGUGCAAGGCCUUUGGUACAGGAGGACUUACUAAAGAUGAAUGUGAUAUGUGUCCAUUCCCGGUUAUCUUGGUCGAUACCCUUGAGAUUCCUGAUGGAUCAGAGAAAUGUCUAGCAGAAGAUGAUGACGAUUGUUCAAUCAUCUUUACCUAUGCUAAAUUUCCCAAUGGAUCCCUCGUUUUAUAUGUGCAGAAAGAAAAAGUCUGCUUUGUACCGGUGAAUAUUCUUCAUGUUAUCAUUGGUAUUAUUGUCGGUAUCAUCAUCGUUGGAUUGGCUCUAUUACUUGUUUGGAGGUUGCUAGUCUUCGUUCAAGACAGGAGAGAAUUUGCAUUAUUUGAAAAAGAAAGGCAGGAUACGCGGUGGGGACAGAAUGAAAAUCCGAUAUACAAGCCAUCAACAUCUACAUUCAAGAACCCUGUCUACCAGAAAUGAGAAAGGACCUCAAGUGCCAGUUAUUUUUAUUAAUCUUUCUCUUUAUAUUCUAAAAUAUAAAUUCCAUUCAGCAAUAAAAAUUAAUAGGGUUUUUUAUACAGUGGAUUGAAGCAGUGUACACACAAUGAAGUUAACUACACACAAAUCCUUGUAGCAGUGGUUUGAGUUUGAAAAGUGGAUUGAGGAAAAAAAUUUAUGAACAUGCAUGUAUUAAUUGGCUUACGUACGGUAAGUGCAGCCAGUUCAUACAUAAAUCAGCAGUGAUGAUAAUACUAGUGUUUUGCUCAAUGAAUUACUUGUACUCUGGCUAACAUGCAGAGUGUAUUUAAACCACAAUGGCAUGACUCCAAGAUCGUUGUGGAUGUUAUGGAGAAUAUUUUCCCCUCCAGGUGGAGCACACAGGCUAUUUCUGUGAACUACAUGCACUAAAAUUCUAAAACAGAGUUUGAUAAUAUCUUUCCGACAAUGAAUUCAUGCAAUCAUGACUUACCACUUUGUUUAUUAAUUAAAUAGGUCGGCUGUUAUAAGUUUAUCCACAAUAUUUUAGAUGAAAAAAUGAUAUAUUUAUCUUGAUCAGUGUGUGUAUGUGUGAUGUGAGCAUUCACUAUAAUUUCAUUGUCUAGUAUGCAACAGGGAUAUGAUGUUAGAAGGGAAAGUACCUGUACAGUGCACACAGAAAUGUGUAUAUAUGGGACUACACCAGUCAGAAGCGUCAAGAUUUUUAAAAAGUAAAUUCUUAGCAGGGUUCAUGGUAGCUUCAGCAUCAAAAGAUUGAAAUUUAAAUCGGACAAUAUAUUUUGUGGCUUUAGUUCAAUCUUGUUUGAAAUAUUUAGGUGUAAAGUUCCGAGUAUAUGACUCAAACAAUUCAUUUUCUGGCGGGCAAUAACUCAAGCUUUUUUGUAACAUACAAAACGGCUCAUCCCUGGAAUUGAACAUGUGUUAUCAAUCUGGCAUUGAUCGAUAGUCUUUUUAAAGAGCGUAAUUUUUUUGUUCUGAAUCUACAGAACAAAGGAAUAUUGCCAUAAUGUAAACAAAAUUUUGUAUAAAGUUAAUAAUUUAUGUAUGUUUUUUGUUUUUAUAUAUAUGUCGCUAUGUCAGUGUCUUGUCUUUGUGUACCGGUAGGUCUAUAGUGAGUUGGGUUGGUAUUGUAUUCACACAUCUGGAUGUGUAAACACAAAAUGUUACCUUCACUUGCAUUGGGUGAUUACAAGGUUGGUGUUGGUGUUGGGUUUAGAAGUACAAUUUAAACGUUGUUUUCACAGGGCAUGCGAACGGUUUGCAAAUGUAGGAAAAGUGGAUGUGGAGAAGUUUGUCUCCAACAGUCUGCACAGCAAUGUGUUCGCAAAUCAUUCUCGCGCAAUUUGUACAAAUAUCGUGCGUCUGUUUCUGGCAAACUAAGAAGAACUCUCACGGGGGAUUUUCAAAGCUUCCGAACUUACGCGCGUGUUUUGCAAGCUUUUGCAGCAGAAAGUAGGAAUGACAGACUUUGCCAUUAUGUUCAAACUUCGCAUCCUUCGAAAAUCAUUCACCUGCCUUGUGAAAACGGUCCUGUGCUUUAGAUUGCAAUUCCUUAGCUCCAAAACCUAAUCUGAGUUGACAAAAAUGAUUCAUUCACAUUAUUAAGAGCUCAACACUUGGUGAGAUUCAACCCAGGAUCAGGGGGGUAUUUCAUCAAAAAAAUUUGUCUGACAAGUUUUCAGAUCUGACAACUCUCCUUGAUUCUGAUUGGCUGAGAAGCAUCGAUGAUACUAUGGUAACUGUUGGAUAAAACGUCUGAAAAGUCCUUUCAUGAAAUGCCCCCCCAGCUCUAUUUUUAAGUUUGGUCCUGGGCUGAUAUUAAAAUUGACCUAAUACCAGAAAAGAAAGGUCAUCACCAAGCUUGAAAUCACUCACUUUAGUGAUAAAAUAAUUACAUGCACAUGUAAUUCUUGUGGUAGAAAUGCAUAUUGUGACCUAAUUGGGGGGGCGGGGCUGUGAAUAAGUAGUUAAAAAGUUUGUUAAAUAUAAUGGUAAAAAAGUUUAAAUAUGCACUUUCUGCCAAAGGUAAUGUGACUCCGAAAUCACUUUGUAUGCAUGUUUUUGUUGCGGAAAUGGACCAUAUAAUAUAUACAUCCCAAUUUAUGCACCAAUCAUUAGGCUCAGUUUUGUUAUGUAUUAUAUUACAACUCCUAUUUGUUUGUAUAGAAUCAGCUUGUAUAUACAUAUUGUAGAGAAAAUGGACAAAAAAAAUCUGAAGUUGAUUGCUAUUUUAAGAAAUAAAUGUAGAAUAGAAUUUUUAACUUAUAUGAUUAGUUGUAAAAAAUAUCUGACUGUAAAGGAAUAUAACACAUCUAUGUAAAAAAAAAAGUAGCAGAUGGUGGAUUGAAAAACAUGAACCAAAGCAGUAAAGUAUAGGACCAAAUGCCGAGCAUGGUUUCUCCUUAGUUGAUAGCAAUCUUUUAUUUUAUGUUGACAAUUAUUAUUGCGAUUAUUCUCUUAAUCACCAAUGAUGAAUUUUGUAAUUAAAGAAUGUCAGAUAUUGACUACAUUACAUUCUUGACUACUUUUCAGUUCAUCCUUUCAGACUCUUGAUUGAGUGUGUCACUUUUUGCAUAAAAGGGCUGCAUGACAUGACAAUAAUGCAUCACCUUGCAUACAUGUAGAUCGACCAAGAAAUAUUCUUGUUUACUUUGUUUUCCAUACUGUUCAUUGUUCAAUAGGGAAGAAUAUUUAAAUGAAGCCCGGAAAAAAGUUUUGAAGCAUUGCUUAUAUUCAUAUUCUACUUGCCUUUUCAGUUUAGUAUAAUGUUUGUGAUGAUCAACCUUGUUCAUCAGUUUCUUGGUCGUAUUUUCUUUUUUUUUGUAAUUUUCUUCUUUUGUCACAUAUUAAUGUUAUUUUUAAAAUUGCCGAUAUUUCAACGAAUAUCUUGAAAGUUAAAGUAAUUUACUCCUUAUUGUCUCUAUUGUUUUUUCACUUACAAAUACAGAUGAUAUUUGUGAAAAAUCCUUUUUAAUAUUAAAAUGAGAGAGCUUGGAUCAUGUCGUCAAUUUUUAUGCUAAAAUUAUAUCGAUAUCUUGUAAAAUACAAAUUAACAAAUAUUGCGAUUACAUGUGCAUAAUCUAUACAUUUUUGUUUUGAAUAGCUGUACAUAAACAAUUGUAGAAAAAGCAGUUAUUUAUACUUGUAGAAGAAUUGCUCAAACAAGUUUUCAAUUUCUCGUUUAAUUUUGAAUUAUAUGUAUUUGUCAGAUUUUGCAAAAUCUUUGAUGAUGGGGAGAAAAAUAUAUAUUCUAAUCAUAUUUGUGUAAUGAACAUAACAUGUUAAUCUUCCAAGAUUGAUAUCAAAGUAUUAUAAUGAGUGCAGUAGUGUAAAUCUUUCUCUAUCAACUUGUGUUGUUAUAUUUUAUAUUUAUUAGGCUAUUUUGUCAUUUCUUUUCAAAUUUAAUUCACAAACACUGGUGUCAUCCAUAUCAUUACCACAACCAUUAAAAAAGAAUUCCCCUUUCCAAUUUCUUUAAAAGAAAUAAUAGCUUUAAUGAAAAGAAAUGAAUUGUGAUACUGUAGCUAUUACUGAUCGUAUACUUAUGCAAUUUUCAUUAAGUAUUUAAUGCAGGAAUUUAGUUAUAUACAUGUAAAUGAUUUUUCUAUUGUUGGUGCAGAGAAAAAGAUCAAGUGAAAACGAAGAUCAUGGACUAUUUUAAUUUUUUAAGAUGUCGCAAUUCUGGAAAAUGGUGUCUAAAUCAUCUUCUGGCUCACAGCCAUGCUAGACAAUAAAAGUUGCACAUGGCAUAUGUGCUCAAUGACCAUCAUCUCUGAUUUGAAAAUAUAAAAGAUUAGAAGUGAAUGUGUUUAUAGAUGUUAACAACUAGUUUGCAUAUCUAUUCAAGCUAAAGCAUUGCUAGCCACUGAUCACAGAUGAAAUGCACAAACCGCCUUAUUAUCCCGACAGUAGUCACACAAAUGUUGCAAGGUUGCAAUGCUACUGGUAAUGACUGAGACAUUUGAAUUGUGGCUCUUUUUUUUUGAAGGGGGGGAUGAAUGUCCUAUAUUCCUCCAGUGUUUCAUGCCAAAAUUUACACUUCGACAUGUAUACAAAUUCUUCCAAAGUAUUUUUAAAAGAGACAUGAUAUAUAGAUAUAUUUUUUUCUUGAAUCAGAUACUAGAAUUUAAGAUCUUGAAAAAAGCACACACUGUACAUGUAGAUGGAAACAUCUAAUAAAUUACUAUAAUGAUAUACUAAAAUAUCAAAACUGGUGUAUGUUAGUGACAUUCUUAAGCAAUAUACCUUGUAAAUGUUCAGUGUCGGUUUAUUUGAUGCAUUUUUAGAUUCUUUAAGAACAAAUCAAUCCUAUGCAAUCCAAUUUUCAAUUAGUUGAAAUUGUAUCCUAGGUCAUGGUCAAUGAUGAUGUUGCUUUUUUGGUUUGGUGAUUUUCUACAGCAAUAUGCCUAAUGGAACAGUAUAUUAUAUAGUUAACUGGGAGAUAAAUGCAGGCUAUAAAGACAUGUUGAAUAAAUACUUUAUCCUCGUAUUAUGAGUUCUUACAUGAACUUGUCGUCUUUGAUAAUGCUGUUGUGUUGCACAUCAUGUUGAAUCCCAAAAAGCCAUUUGUCUUCUCUUUCAUCCAUUUUAGUUUGAGUUAUGUUCAAAAUUUCAUGAAACUACAAUGUACAUUUUUGUUUUGCAUCACACAUCAUUUUCUUACAUUUUCAUGAUUCGCUGAAAGCUUGCUAGAUAUCUUAGAAUAAAGAUGUAUGUGCAAAUAAUGCAGAGUCAGAGGAGCAGUUUUAGAUUGAUGCACAUUUAUCUGUUUUUAUGUACUCCGCUUUGUGUAUGACCUUUGCUUGUAAAGGAAAUUAUUGAAAGCUAGAGUUUAAUGGAUUUUUUAUCCCCUACUAUUUGUGCUUAACAUAAAGAACGUACAUGAGUUUACAGCAGAUAUUAUAUAAAUUAUCCACCUUUAAGUUAGUUUAUUGCACAGAAGCUAUACUUGAAUGAUAUCGAUACGCAGAUAUGAUGACUGUGUGAAUGCCCUUAGAAUUAUGCUCUACUGAAAUACAUGUCAAUUAAUAUGACACUAUAGAUGUAAGUUGAUAGUUCAUUAUACCAGUUUUUUCAUUAAAAAAGAUAGCGUAUUCACAUAUCAUUUGAAUAUGCAGAUUUAGAUUUGCUCAGACCUUUUUUCCUCUGUGAAUAACAUGACAGACCAUUUUGUCCAAAUCAAAUAACAUUGAAAUUUUAAAAAUUCCAUAAAUGAGACAAAUGUUCACUCUGAUUUGAAAAAUUAUGUAUAACAUGAACCUUUGCUACCACCAAACAAUAGUGUAAUUUAAUUUUCUUUGCAAAUCUAAUGUGAAACUGACAAGUGAUGUCUCAAAGUUGUUCACAAUAUCAAUCACAUGUAAUGUAAUAUUCUUAUUUUUCUCAUUACCUUAUUCAAUGUGUUAGUAGAAUUAAUUAUUUUGAUUAUUUAAUUAUGCAAAUUUUAUACAUGAUUCAUAAGGACAUUCAGUAUGGUUCUUGAAAACGUAGUGAAGUUGAUUAGUCAAUUCUCCUGCAAUUAUGAUUAUUAUCAAAGACGAUCAUACAUUUUUAAAAGAUGAAUUUGAUUUUCUUUAUAAACACCAUGGUGCUAAAUCUGUCCUUGUCUUUGACCUUUGACCUCCUGUGACCAAAAUCAAGGAAUUAUUUUUUAUUCUCACUUUUCUAACUUAAAGUAGAUAUGUAAAGUCAUGUGUGGGUGUUUGAUUUUUUUUGCUGUAAAUGUCUUUCUACUGACAUCGUUUCUUUAACAGUAUAGAUAUAUUAAAUAAUCCAAUUUAUGAAGAGCUUUUCUUGGGCUUUGUCAUACAUAGAGUUGCAAUUGAUCCAGUCACUCAUAACUAUGGAAUGCCAGAGAUGCCAAUAUAUAGAAAUUCUUGAAUGCAUUUGUCAGUUCAAAGAGUUUUACAGAUACAGUGUGUACUCCUGCAUGCGCCAAUUAAUACGUGGAGCGUUGUGGCCCAGUGGAUUAGUCUGCUGACUUUGAAACAGAGGGUCGCGGGUUCAAAUCCCAGCCUAGGCGUAAUUUCCUUCGGCAAGAAAUUUAUCCACAUUGUGCUGCACUCAACCCAGGUGAGGUAAAUGGGUACCUGGCAUGAAUUUAUUCCUUGAAAUGCCACUGCACUGUAAAAGGCUACGGGGCUAAAGCCAGGGUAAUAAUAUCCAAUUGAGCGCAUAGGGACGCAUUUGGCAGUGAUAUGUGCUAUGUAAGCAUGUUGGUAUUAUUAUUGUUAUUGAUAAACUACAUAUACAUGUACUCCUUGUUUGCGAAGUUGCAAUGUGGAGAAUUAUGGUAUCGAUGGCUUUCUAUAGUUGUUACUGAUGACAUUAAUCACAGCUAUUUGUGAGAUGAGGUCCAGUUCUCUGUCCUCUUUAGUAUGAUAUCUAUACAUGAUUUGUUUUAUUUUAUUAAAAGCAUAGGCUACCCUCUACUACAUAUACAUGUAUGUCCAUAGAUUCCUUAUAAUCUAUCUGUAAUCAAAGUAAUGUUAUUUUUACCAUUCCAUCUUUUCACCUUUGAAUGUGAUAUUGGAUACAAUGAUUAUAUGAUGUAUAAGAGCUGAUUUUGGUAAAGAGGAUUAUGACGAUUAAAGUUGCCUUUUUUGGUAGAAACAGUAAA